CCUCUGCCCAGUCCUGGGGUCCCGCGGCCGCCUAGGAGGGAGCCCGCCGGGGCGGGGUGGGGCCGGGUGUCCAUGAACAGUGGGGUCCCGGCCACGCUGGCCGUGCGGAGAGUGAAAUUCUUCGGCCAGCACGGCGGCGAGGUCAACUCUUCUGCCUUCUCCCCUGAUGGCCAGAUGCUGCUCACAGGCUCAGAGGAUGGCUGCGUGUAUGGCUGGGAGACCCAGAGUGGGCAGCUUCUCUGGAGGCUGGGUGGCCACACAGGCCCCGUGAAGUUCUGCCGCUUCUCCCCCGAUGGCCACCUCUUCGCCAGCGCCUCCUGUGACUACACUGUCCGCCUGUGGAAUGUGGCAAGAGCGAAGUGUCUGCGGGUCCUGAAGGGUCACCAACGGAGUGUGGAGACGGUCAGCUUCAGCCCUGACUCGAGACAGCUGGCAUCAGGUGGCUGGGACAAGCGGGUGAUGCUCUGGGAAGUGCAGUCCGGCCAGAUGCUGCGCCUCUUAGUCGGGCACCGCGACUCUGUCCAGAGCAGCGACUUCUCACCCAUGGUGAACUGCCUGGCCACCGGCUCCUGGGACUCCACCGUACGCAUCUGGGACCUGCGGACGGGGACCCCAGCAGUCUUCCACCAGGCGCUAGAGGGACACAGUGGCAACAUCAGCUGCCUGUGCUAUUCACCAUCUGGCCUCCUGGCAUCCGGCUCCUGGGACAAGACCAUCCACAUCUGGAAGCCCACAACCAGCAGCCUGCUUAUCCAACUGAAGGGCCACGUCACCUGGGUGAAGAGCAUAGCCUUCUCUCCCGACGAGCUGUGGCUGGCCAGCGCCGGCUAUUCACGCAUGGUCAAAGUCUGGGACUGCAACACAGGAAAGUGCCUUGAGACCCUGAAGGGAGUCCUGGAUGUGGCCCACACCUGUGCCUUCACCCCAGAUGGGAAAAUCUUAGUGUCUGGAGCUGCCGAUCAGACUAGACGUCAAAUAUCCCGCACAUCCAGAUCACCCAGGGACCCUCAAACCUAACACCACCUCGGAUGGUGCCGACCUCACCCGCUCCCCUCAGUGGCGCACAGGCAUGCCGCUUCUCACCACAGGCGCAAAGUGACUGUGCCAGCAUCCAACAGAUCCCCAUGGCUAGGACUCUCCAGGCCCCACCAGAGCAGACAGCUGUGAUGGGCAGGACGCUUGCUGGAACCCAUCAGACACCUGGUCCCCAAAACCAGACCCGCCCACCUCCACCCAAUCAGCGGAAGUGCCAGGAAACAAA